GAAAAAUCAGCUCCUUCUGCUGCUGCUGCUAUCGAUACACAGCCUUGUUUCUCUCUACACCCGUAUUCCGUUUUACUGCUCUAGGAUUGGCUGAACGGUUAUAUAUUUAUCGGAGCUGUCCAAUCAGAGAACGACUUUUAAGACGGCACUAGCCAGUCACAGCGGAAGGGGCGGGAUUUGUGUUCAGAACACGGGUGUGGAAGAAGAACGCCUAUGAGGAGGUAACAUUAGUUCAUAUUAGCUGGUUAGCAAAAAAAAAAAAAAAAAAAAAGGAGGGUAUGUAGGUAUCAGUGCGAGCUGUUUUCACCCCGUCUGUUUUGGGGGAUUAGUGCAAUGGGAGUGAAUCACAGUGCUGGGCGUUUAGUGUCGUAUUAACGCUGUUGUUGGUGCCGUUGCUAAGGCAGCUAGUUUAAGCUGCUAAUCUCAUUAGUGUGGAAAGUGUGAGGCAGAAACACCACUGGACAGGUCGUUAAAAGUGUCUCUGACACGACGAGGGACGUUUAUUAUCUUCUAAACCGGGAAGUGACCGUGAGGCCUUACGGACACGCCGCGCUUUGUGUCGCUUUCACGGAGAAUCCGAAAUCUGCUAACACACACACUUCCUUUGAAGAUUAACUACCUCUGGGGCAUUGGGGAGGAACUCUAGACACGAUCUGGAUGAGUUUCCCAGCAGCAGCGGCGGCGGCGGCGGCGGUGGUGUGUUAUCUCUCUGACAGACUGGAUCUGUCAGCCUGCUAGUGUUCAGUCUGCGCCAAGACUCCGUCGUCCUCUAGUCAGACAUUUGCUUUUUCACUUUCUUACUGUUGACCAGUGGACGGUUACUAUUCUCAUAACCAUACUGUGGAAUUUUUUUUCUUUUUCUUUUUUUUUCAGACACCUUUUUAGAAAUUUUCUAUUUUUUAUUAGAGCUCUAUAUACACACAAAAACACGUAUACAAUAAAACGCUAUAAGGAUUUUUUUUUCACCUCCGUAUGAAGGAUAUAUUAUUAUGCACUUUCGGGAUAUUUUUCAGGCUUUAUGGUUACUUGUGGUGUGAAUAUAAAGAGAUUUUAUCUUUAUAAUAUAGUGGCAACACGUCGAUCCUCCGUAUAUAAAUAUUUUUUGUUCGUUAUUGUUGUUUUUUUCCCACCACGUCGUACGCUUCAGCAGAGCUGCACAUCUCUUUCAGGCGGCAAACUCACAUGAUUGUGUUUCUGUUUCAAUUUCAUCGCCUCACCGCUACAAUAAGGAAUACUGACAUGACUCUCUGGCUCAUGGAGCAUUUAAGCUAUCAAUUUACUUGAAAGAAAAAUACGUUUCCAAGUUUGUACAUCUGGGCAGAAAUCCUUUUUUAAUUCCAAUUUAAAAUAUAAAAAAGGCAAACCGAGUCUUCGCCAAGCCUGUGGUGGGAAAGGGCACUUGGCCGUGUCCACUACUUAUGUAUUGUUGCAGCGCGCAAGAAAGUAAAAUGGACUAUAAGCGACGCUUCUUGCUUGGCGGGUCCAAGCAGAAAGCGCAGCAGCAGCACCAGCACCAGCAAUACCCGCUGCCCGAGCUGAGCCAAGCCCUUAGUGCCCCGCUUGGAACCUCCUGCUCCACCCCAACCCCGCUAGCACCGGUAGGCUCCACUCUUUCUGCUUGCCAUGAAGUUUCAGGCACGGGCAACACCACAACCGCAAUUGCUGACAUCCAACAAGGGAUCUCUAAGUACCUGGACGCCCUGAACGUCUUCUGUCGUGCCAGCGCCUUCUUGACGGACCUCUUUGGGAGCGUGUUUCGUAACUCGCGCUACUCCAAAGCUGCCAUGCAGCUCAAGGACGUGCAGGAGCAUGUGAUGGAGGCGGCCGGCCGCCUCACGGCCGCCAUCAAGCCCGAGAUCGCCAAGAUGCUGAUGGAGCUCAGUGCCGGUGCUGCCAACUUCAAAGAUCAGAAUGACUUCAGCCUUCAAGACGUUGAGGUACUGGGCCGCUGUUUUCUGACUGUGAUGCAAGUUCAUUUCCAGUUCCUGUCUCAGGCUCUGCAGAAAGUUCAGCCGGUGGCACAGUCGUGCCUGGCCGAGGCGCUGGCACAGAUGCAGGAGCGCUGCACAGGGGCUCGCAGUCAGCCUGGAGCUCUCGGCGAGCUGGACGAGGCGGCACGGUCGUGGAAAGGUGCAGCAGAGGCAACGGCGCGUCUUCGAGAGCGAGGCCGUGACGGCUGUCUGGCUGGUUUUCAGGUGCAGCAGCUCUUCUGCUCCCACAGCCCUUCUCUCCCUGACCAGCAGCUCAAAGAGCUCAACCUGAAGAUAAACAGCGCUCUGCAGGCAUACAGAUCUGCGCUGGACUCUCUGGGUCACUGUGAGUACGCUCUCAAAGGAGGCUUUCACCUGAAACCCAAAGCUAUAGAAGCUGCCUUACAGGGUUGCUGUAGUGAGGCUGAGGCUCUGCAGGCAGGCAGAAUGCAGACCACAUCUCAGCCACUCCAGUGCGAACUACCCACAAUCCCCCUGCAAAUCGGCUCACACUUCCUCAAAGGAGUCUCCUUCAACGAGUCGGCCGCCGACAACCUCAAACUCAAAACGCACACCAUGUUACAGCUCUUUAAGGAGGCUUCGGGGCAGAACGGCGUGUCGUCUCGUGAUGACUCACCUGUGACUGAGGUGUUGAACCUGGUGUGUCCCUCCACCUGGAGGGGGGCCUGCAAAACUGCCGUACAGCUGCUGUUCGGACAGGCUGGACUGGUCGUAGUAGAUACGGCUCAGAUUGAGAAUAAAGAGGCUUACGCUCCACAUAUUACCUUAGAAGGCUCCAGGGUUGUAGUGCAGGUUCCUUCCACAUGGUGUCUGAAGGAGGACCCGGCCACUAUGUCUCUGCUGCAGCGCAGUCUGGACCCGGAGAAAACUCUCGGCUUGGUGGACGUCCUCUACACCACCGUGUUCGACCUCAACCGCUGGAAAGAGCGCAAGGAGCAAGCGCUUCCCACCAUUCAGAUCCAGCUUCAGAGGGACAGCUCCGAUUACACCAUCCCUGCCGACCUCCACCCUGGCAACAGCAGCAAGUCCUCCAGCGGCCUGCCCAAGACCAUUUCUAAGCUCACGUCCAAGUUCACCAAAAGGGCUUCGUCCAGCUCCGGAAGUGGUGGAAGCUUCUCCAUCCCUAGCACACCCUCUCGAAGCACAAGCGGCGUCGACGAAAAGCCCAAAGCGCCGUCCCAGAUUCUCCAGAUGACCAUGUCAGCUACGGGUGACUCCAGCCAGCAUGCAGUCAACGAUUCAACUCUGGAGGAGCAGGGUAUGAAUUUGCCUACGGACCAGGAAAUGCAGGACGUAAUCGACUUUCUAUCCGGCUUUAACAUGGGCAAGUCACAGCAAGCCUCACCGUUGGUCAAGCGGAGGAACUCGGUCGCCUCGAGCAAUGCAGCUGACCUGAAACCGCUUUGCUCUGUGGCCCCGCCCACUUCACAGGCUCCGGUUCUGCACCCUGCAAUCCCAUUGGUUCAAAAUCUGCCUCAACAGCCACAACAGCAGCAGCAGCAACAGCAACAACCUCCUCCUCAGCUUCCUACUACACCCAAACAGCAGCAACAAACCACAGUUCCUGCACAACCACAAGCCCCAGCGCAGCCUUCACCUUCCCCACAGACCAUGCAGUACUACCAGCACCUCCUACAGCAAUCCCAGCAGCCUUCACCUGUCUCACCACAACUCCCCUCACAGCAGCCCCAGGCUCUUCCCCCACAGCAGAGAGCUCCUGGAAAGUGGCCCCAGGCUCCCCCAGGAGGGCUUUCGCCCAUCGGUCACCUGACUCAGUGGACUUUGCCUGACCUGAGCUCGGACCUGUACAGCUUGGGGUUGGUCAGCACUUACAUGGACAGUGUGAUGUCUGAGGUCUUGGGGCACAAGGCGCCCUCAGGGCCACGCAACAACACCUGGCCUAAUCGUGAGCAGAGUGAGCAGGGCAUGUUCGGGGUGCUGGGUGACUCAAUGCCCUUUGACCCUGCAGUUGGCUCAGAUCCAGAGUUUGCUCGUUACGUUGCUGGUGUCAACCAGGCCAUGCAGCAGAAGAGGCAAGCACAGCAUGUUCGUCGUCCUAGCAACCCCCGUAGCAAUUGGCCCCUCCCAGAAGACCAGCACAGGACCUGGUCCCACCCAGAGUACUAUAGCGAGGGGGAGGCAGUGAACAGUACCUGGUCAGCCAAUCAGGGCGACUCUGCCAGCUCGAGUGAUGAAACCUCCUCAGCCAACGGGGACAGCCUAUUCUCCAUGUUCUCUGGUCCUGACCUGGUAGCUGCAGUCAAGCCAAGAAGGAAACACAGCUGUGGUGAGCAGGAAGUGUGUACGCUUCCCUCUCCUCCUCUCCACCAUGCCAGUGAUGACAAUAACCAGGAGAGUAAAACUAAAACAUGGCCUCCGAAGGCACCAUGGCAGCACUCCACCCACUCCAACACCAUGCCCAAUCCCAGCUCUUCCCUUUAUCAAAUGACGAUACCUUCCAGCCAGUGGGGCGACUCCAUGCAAAUGCUGCAGUCUCCGGUUUGGUCAACAGCCAACGAGUGCUCUCCUUCCAGCGGCCUCUCGUCCGGCUUCCCGUUCACUCCGCAGCCGCAGCAGCAGCCGCAGCAGCAGCAGGUCUCGCAGCUUAAAGCUUUGAGUAAAGGCUUCAAGAACUUCCCUCUGAAACCUGAGCACCGGCCCUCGUAUCUGCACCAGUACUGACCCCACCCACCACUGUCCUGCCCACACACCACAGCCUUGCUCUUAACUGCUGUUCUGAGACCAGUGAGCAUUAUCAUGAGGUUUAGGGCUCAGAGUAAGCUGUAGACUGGUCCUAGAUCAGCCAUUAAGGGUUAUGCUUUAUGCCACGUUUGGAGUCGGUGCUAGUGUAAAGAUCACGCCAUCAACUCCAUCUAAAGGAGUCGGUGAUCAGGAGGUCGGACAGGACUAACAGUUGUGGUCAGGUGGAACACCAUCAGACCCCUGCUCAUGUGCUUAGUUACGCACCCAUAGCAGACACUUUACUCCGGUCCGCACUCCGAUUCCCAAUUUUGAUAGUCCUUUAGACCAGUGUUUUUAUAGGUGAAUUUAUAUAGAACGUUGUGGCAUAUACAUAUAUAUAUAUAUAUUUUUUUUUGUAUUUGUCCGAUCCAUGUGAGUCUUUGGUUUCCCCAACUGCCAUUUGCGCCGAUUUAGUGCAUGAUUCCCGCUUCCAGCAGCUAGUCAAAAUUGUCGCUUGAGCUUCCGCUUCACAAAACGCUCGAGUCUAGAAAUUCCCAGAAACGUCUGCCAAGAAAAUGAAGCGGCGCUCGACGGGAAUUUCUUUCCAACUUACCGUGGACUCGCAGAGAGCGGAUCGUGUGACGUGCAUGGCUGCAGAACAGCGUGCGUGUGUGUAUGCCGAACAGGACGCAAACUGUGACCAUACUGUUUCGGUAAGGGACGGGAGGGGGUUUAAAAAAAUAAAAUUAAAAAAAAAAAAAGCUGUAACUGCCAAAAUCUCGUGUCGGGUCACUUAGACUACAGCUCCCAGCUACUGUUCUAUAGCGUGUAAAUGACUCAGAAGAAAAAUAUUAAUAAUUCUUUUUAUGAAGAAGCUUUGAGCAGGCUCAGCAGAACUAUAAUAAUCAGUGUGUAAUUUGAAAAGAAAUACACUACUUUUUCAACAUCUGACAAAGUUUAAAACAAAAAAGAAGAAUGUUCGCAGAAAGUAAACGACGUGCCAUGUUGAUAUUAAUAGCACUUGCGUAACUUUUGUUUUUCUUUUUUGUCUAUCUUUGUUUUCUCCAACCAAAGCGUUGUUCAGUCAGUGUAAGGUGCUUGAUGGAGGCGGAUGGAGUCUAGUAACCUUUAAAGAAAACGAGCUCGAUGCCCCGUUGUUUUCAUCGUCCGCUCGCUUUUCGUUCUGAUUGGCUCUUGGUGACACUUAACACUAAACAGCAUAACAUCACCACGUUGCAAAUGUUCCUUUGAAAUACAAUAUAUUUCUUGUUAAAGAUAUUGACAGUAUUAAUCUUAUUUUUGUAUUUUCUUAUGUUAUACCAUUACUGUAUAUGUUAACGUAAUAUAGGCUUAUUAAGUAAAACGUUUUUUCCCCCAAGAUGUGAAAAGCACAUUUCCUCUUUUUUUUCUGGAGUUGAACUAUCUACAAAAAAGAUUACCAAAUACAGUUAACAGCUCAAACACUAAAGCCCGUUAUUAGACUGGGGUGGUUUGGUUUGGUUUUAUCCCCUUCAGUUUCUCCAGCUGUGGGCUGCAUUGCAUUUAAACUGCCCAGGAUCUAUUUUUAUGUGGAUGCCAAUGUUGCCUGUAUUUAUGAUAUGACCAUGUUUUCUGAAACUAACAUACUUAACAUGUUUACAAAGAAUCAUUUGCUGUAUAUAAAAUAUAUCUUUUUAUAGUUCUGUGCUUUGCACAAUCAAAACAUAGGGUUAUUGCUUGGUCUGUGUUUCUCCCAAAACUAUUGCAGCCUUUUUUUUUCUUUUCUUUUUCUUUUUUUUUAAAAGACAUCUUUAAAGACCUUGGACUGUAAACAUUACCAUUGCUCAGCUGUCAGAAAUGGUUUACUAGUGGCUUCACAAAUAAUUAAAAAAAUUAAGACGAUACGAUGCGAGAGACGUGAAGAGGGAUCGCUUGGCUUACGUUGCUUAUUCACUAGAGCUGGCAUCUGAAUCUUUCCAAGUGUACCAGCAAUGCAAAAAAAAAAUAAAUAAACAUAAUACAGAAUGA